AUGACGGCCAGCUCCAGCGUGCCUGGCGCUGGAGUCGUUCCUCCUAUCUUCACCAACCCCCAACCCACCACCGACAUACGCAAUGAAGGUACCGGCAACACGCUCGAGAGCCCCCACGCCCCCAACAAGGCACCAGCCACUGGAGUGCAGGCUGCUGGUAUGCGCGCGGUAGCAGCACGCAUGGUCGCCUUUUACUUUCGAGCUCCGGUCAAGGCCUUCUUUCGCGGACGCAUCGAUUACAUGGGCUAUGCGAGAGCCAUCAACCCGCAUUUCACCGCAGAGGCAAAAUGGUCGUGGAGGAUGACGACGCCCGCCGUGCUGGCACACGCCAUCAGGACCGAAGGAUGGGGCUUCAUACCCAAGCAGGUCCUGCCCCCUCUGAUGGCCAAUACAUGUAUCGGUGCAGUCUUGUAUACAGGCUACCUGCACAGUCUAUCUGCCCUCCACGAACCAUCCUCCCACCAGACGAAGCGGGUCUACCCUCCACCGCCGCCCUCGGUAACCUUUACUGCCGGCCUCGUAGCAGGUGGUGUCCAGUCUGUCAUUGCGGCCCCAUUCGACGCCCUGCAAACCCGCUUCCGUACCGCAGACAUCCUCGAGGGUAGACACAAGACCAUGUGGCACUAUGCGGCUGACAAACUCCGCUCCAUUGGUGUUCAGGGCAUCUUCGCAGGCUGGAGCCUCAGUUUUAUCAAAGACGCUCUUGGCGCCGCCGUCUUCUUUGGUACAUUUGAGACGGUCAAAAGUCAGGCCUACCUUGAGUUCGUCACACGUUAUUACGGCAGUAGGACAAGAGACACAUUACUGGAGAAUUCCAUUCCCUACCUCGACGAGAAUGAUGAUCGCCCAGUCAUACGACCCCACUACAUGCUGGAACCCAUGUUCCUCCUCCUCGCCGGUGUCUCGGCAUCCAUAACCUCACAGCUCAUACAACACCCCUUGACCGAGAUCCAGGACGUCCACUACCGCCGUCUUGAAGCCUUGGACUUUCAAGCGCACGAGGAGAAGAAGCCAUCGCAGAUUAUGCGGCGCUACUACCAUGCCUACCAAGAGACAUUUGCACAGUGCAGCGUGCUUGCCAAACGCGCUGGUGGGUGGAGAAGAUAUCUCUAUCGAGACUUCUUCAUGAGCACGAUUAAACAGGUGCCGAGCACGAGUGCGGGCUUGAUCGUGUUUGAAGUUGUGAGGAGAAAGUAUUCGUUUGAGAAUGAAGAGGUGAUGAUUAAUCACGAGGACGCCAGGAUAUUGUUGUCUUGA